CAAUUUUUACUGCGAUUUCUUGUAACUAUAUUUCUGGAAUUAGUUAGUCGUAAAAAUGACUGCGCCGCCAGUUGUAAUACUCAGUUGCCGUAUCUGUCUGGGAGAAUUCGAUGAGAGCACAAUGCGUGCUCUAUUUGAAGCGGACAAUGAAAAUCCAGAUGAUGAUGGCAUUCCGUCUACAAGUGAACACAGUGACGCCGGGGUGCAGAUUAUAAGUGAGAAAAUUGAAUUUUGUUGCGGCAUCAAGGUUCGCCCAUCUCCCAAUUUUCCAACAAAAAUUUGUCGUCGCUGCUAUGAAUUUAUGUGUAUGUGGUACAACUUUCGCCAAAUGUGUCUGAACUCGCAAGUUUACCUGGAAAGUUCAUGUCUAGAUAGCGAGAAGCCAGAUGAAGUGAUCGAUGCCAGUGUGGAGUACAUAGAAUAUCUCUACGAAACACUGCAAACGCAACCAACCACACAAGCACAGGAAGCCGCAAUAAAUAACGAAAUCGCUGCAGAGCAGACCGAUGAAGAUAUUGUCGUUGAAGGAGAAUACCUGGGCGAUGAUGUUGCUCUCGGGGAUGACGAAGAAAUCGAGGAAUUUCAAACGGAGGAUCCGGAGCCAAUUAAGAUCAAGUCGUCACCAGGAAUGGUUACGGUGCUGGAACAAUAUGAUGGUGAAGACGAAAUUGUUUCCAAUCAUUUUACGGAUGAUAGUCAAUUGACCGAACAAAUGGCACUCCACGAGGAUCAAGCUGAGGCUUUUGCUGACGAAUUCUGUCUAUCAUCCACCCCAUCUCCUGAACAGCCAAGCACAGUCAACAAACGAAGGCCGGGACGGCCUCGUAAACCUGAUCAUGAGUUAAAAUCCAAGCGCAAAGUGCGGACAAGCGGACAGACAAACAAAACUCAAAUACCAGACGAAGAUUUGCAAACUACAUUUAUGUGUAAUCUUUGUGGCAACAUUUAUCAAAAGAAAGCUGCGUUUAGGGCGCAUAUGACAGCCCAUUCGGACUAUAAGCCGCAUCAAUGCGAAAUCUGCCACAAAUCCUUCCGCCAAGUGGGCGAAUUACGCGCACAUAUACGACGUCAUACCGGCGAGCGUCCAUACAAAUGUUUGUAUUGUGAUCGCCAUUUCUAUGACCGAAGUGAAAAAGUGCGCCACGAGCGUGUUCAUACCAACACACGUCCCUACGGCUGCAAAGUUUGCGGCAAAACCUUUACGCACACGGCCAUACUGAAGAACCACAGUCUAGUGCAUUCCGGCGAGAAGAACUACAGUUGUUCCAUUUGCUGCAAGUCAUUUACGUUGCUGCAUCAACUUAAGGCCCAUUUACAAACUUUGACACAUAGGACCAAGGCGGAACAAACGCUUGGCGAGACAUCCAACGAGUACAUGCUCGCUCAAAACGGUUAAUUGCUUACUUCGAAUACUUAGGCUUAUACUAUAGACUAAUUUGCUAAAUCUUAAUAUACAUCAAUAAAAUACGAGUCCAUUUGGGAGUCUCUAUCUGUA